GAGCCGGAUCCUGAGCGGGGAACACGGGCUGAAGCGGCGGCUGCGGCCCCGCCCCGGGGCUCCAUUGUUGAGGCUGCUGCGGCUCUGUCGGCUGCUCAGCUGCGCUCCAGUCGGCCCAGGCGCCGCGGCGAGGAACGAGCACUGCGAGGCGGCGGCCUGAGCGAUGGAAGAGUUAAUAGUUGAACUUCGUCUCUUUCUUGAACUCCUGGACCAUGAAUAUCUAACCUCAACUGUCAGGGAGAAAAAGGCCGUGAUAACCAACAUUCUGCUGAGGAUACAGUCAUCCAAAGGUUUUGAUGUGAAAGACCAUGCUCAGAAGCAGGAGACCACUAGCAGCCUGCCGGCCCCUCCUCAGAUGCCCCUGCCGGAGAUCCCUCAGCCCUGGCUGCCUCCUGACAGUGGGCCUCCACCAUUGCCAACGUCCUCCCUCCCAGAAGGUUAUUAUGAGGAAGCUGUGCCGCUGAGCCCCGGAAAAGCUCCGGAAUACAUCACAUCAAAUUAUGAUUCUGAUGCGAUGAGCAGCUCUUACGAAUCGUAUGAUGAAGAGGAGGAGGACGGGAAGGGGAAGAAAACUCGGCACCAGUGGCCCUCCGAGGAGGCCUCCAUGGACCUGGUCAAGGACGCCAAAAUCUGCGCCUUCUUGUUGCGCAAGAAGCGGUUCGGCCAGUGGACCAAGUUGCUCUGCGUCAUCAAAGACACCAAGCUGCUGUGCUAUAAAAGUUCCAAGGACCAGCAGCCUCAGAUGGAACUGCCGCUGCAAGGCUGCAACAUUACGUACAUCCCGAAAGACAGCAAAAAGAAGAAGCACGAGCUGAAGAUAACUCAGCAGGGCACGGACCCGCUGGUGCUUGCCGUCCAGAGCAAGGAGCAGGCCGAGCAGUGGCUGAAGGUGAUCAAAGAAGCCUAUAGUGGUUGUAGCGGCCCCGCGGAUUCAGAGUGUCCGCCUCCACCAAGCUCCCCGGUGCACAAGGCAGAACUGGAGAAGAAACUGUCUUCAGAGAGACCCAGCUCAGAUGGGGAGGGCGUGGUGGAAAAUGGAAUUACCACUUGUAAUGGAAAGGAGCAAGUGAAGAGGAAGAAAAGCUCCAAAUCUGAGGCCAAGGGCACUGUGUCGAAAGUCACUGGGAAAAAAAUCACCAAGAUCAUCAGUCUGGGAAAGAAAAAGCCAUCCACAGACGAGCAGACCUCCUCGGCUGAGGAAGACGUUCCCACGUGUGGCUAUCUGAACGUGCUCUCCAACAGCCGCUGGCGGGAGCGCUGGUGCCGAGUGAAAGAUAACAAGCUCAUUUUCCACAAGGACAGGACGGACCUGAAGACCCAUAUUGUGUCUAUUCCCCUCCGUGGCUGCGAGGUGAUCCCGGGUUUGGAUUCUAAACAUCCUCUGACGUUCCGGCUGCUGCGCAACGGCCAGGAGGUUGCAGUAUUGGAGGCAUCUUCCUCUGAGGACAUGGGCAGGUGGAUUGGGAUUUUACUCGCAGAGACGGGGUCAUCCACAGACCCGGGGGCCCUGCACUAUGACUACAUUGAUGUGGAGAUGUCCGCCAGUGUCAUUCAGACAGCCAAACAAACCUUCUGUUUCAUGAACAGGCGUGUUAUAUCUGCUAACCCAUAUCUGGGGGGCACCUCCAACGGCUAUGCCCACCCCAGCGGUACGGCGCUUCAUUACGACGAUGUCCCGUGCAUCAACGGCUCGCUCAAGGGUAAAAAGCCCCCCGUGGCAUCUAAUGGGAUCACAGGAAAAGGGAAGACUCUGAGCAGUCAGCCAAAAAAAGCGGAUCCUGCAGCUGGUGUGAAAAGGACAGCUUCGAAUGCUGCCCAGUACAAGUACGGCAAGAACCGGGUAGAAGCAGAUGCCAAGCGGCUACAGACCAAAGAAGAGGAGCUGCUGAAGAGGAAAGAGGCCCUGCGGAAUAGGCUGGCCCAGCUUCGCAAGGAAAGAAAAGACCUUCGAGCGGCCAUUGAAGUGAACGCUGGUCUUUUUGGGGACCAGGUGCCUUCUCUGUUGUUUGGAGAACCUGUGCCGGCCGCGGGAGUGAGGGCGUUUCUGGGGAUUCCAGGCAGGAAGCCACAGGCGAUUCUGGAGGAGAAGCUGAAGCAGCUGGAGGAGGAGUGCCGGCAGAAGGAGGCGGAGCGCGUCAGCCUGGAGCUGGAGCUGACGGAGGUCAAGGAGAGCCUGAAGAAAGCACUGGCGGGCGGAGUCACCCUGGGGCUGGCCAUCGAGCCCAAGUCAGGAACAUCGAAUCCACAGUCUCCAGUGUUCAGGCACCGGACCCUGGAGAACUCGCCUAUCUCCAGCUGUGACACCAGUGACACCGAGGGCCCCGUGCCAGUGAACAGCGCAGCUGUCCUGAAGAAGAGCCAGGUGGCCCCGGGCAGCUCCCCCUGCCGAGGACAUGUGUUGCGGAAGGCCAAGGAAUGGGAAUUGAAGAACGGGACAUAGGGGACAGCAGGACUGCUCCAGCCUCAGAGACUGCACACCCCCUUGCCCGUGUCCUCAUCUGUGUGACGGCAGGAAGCUCUGCCCAGAGUGGCCUCAGCUGCGCGACUCCAGAGGCUUCACGACCGAGCUCUGAGGCCAGCGCCUCUCACCCAGGCCCACUUGCAUUCCUUCUACUGUAUACUGGCGCCUUUAAAAAAGAUGUACUUGUAAGACUUUGGUCCCUAACUUUGUUAAAAAACAAAAACAAGUGAUGGAAAGGUGUUUGAAAGGAUGCUAUCAGGCAAAGUGACAUCUUUCUAACCAGUUAAGCCAUUGCUUUCACUGAUUCCAGCCCAGCCCUGGACUGAGGAUGGAUGGUUCUGUGAGCCCCCAAGUGAAACCUUUCGACGGGGAAGAGCUUGGAUCCCCGGCUGCCCCGGGCAUGAGUGUGGCUGGCGCCUGGGCACUGGGCUCGCCUCGCACACCCACCAGGAGGGCCAGGGGCUUACGCAGCCCUGACGUGGACUCUGUGUCUCGGCGUACCUUCCCCACGUGCCCAUCCCCCUCAUCAUCAGAGGUAAAGGCAUGAGAAAAUCACACUGUGAAACAUUUUUUACCUUUUAUUAUAUUUUGGACAGAUGCUUUUGUCACCAAGACAUGAAAAGCUGCCAUUCUUCUUAACCUGUUUUUUAAGAAUUUUUUUUGUUGUGUGUCACACUUAGAUCUAAGGAUUUUUCAGAGGUUCCUUAUUUUAUUAUUUGUGCUACUUUUGACAGGUAGCGGGAGGGUUCUAAUCCUUCACUAACAGUGUGCCCUCCUCCCCCUUGGGCUGGCAUCCGCAGCCCUUAAUCCACAUCGGAGCCGGCAGGUGCUCCUCCCACCAGGAGCCUCUGGGGGCAGGGGCUGGCUCCUCGCCACUGUACAGAACGUUUACUGCUGCAUGGGGCCAGGGCAGUCCUUUGAAAGGGAGGCAAGUUCUGGAACUUGAUCCCUCAUGGAACUAUAACACCUUAGAGCAUGAGGCAGGAAUUCCAGGGCCUCCUGCCCCUCUCCCUUCCUCCACCUUGUCAAGUUAAACCACGAAGGUGUGGGUGGGCCUGGCCGUGCCGCCUCUCCUGAGUGGGGUGGGUAUGGGUGGGGCCUCUUUCCCAGUUUUCUUACUUGCCUUCUGUGCAAUAUCGCUUGGAGAAUUCAGAUGCCUAAGGCAUAAAGGAAAAAAAACAGAGUUCAUGGUUUGAGCUGGUAUCUACUCCCUGGGUUUAAAAAUCAGAUUUAAUUUCUUGGUCUCCUGGAGGCUGCUGUCAGGAAUUCUCCAUUACGGGAAGACGCAGUCACUGAUGACAAAAUAAGUCGCCCCUGAAAGCCUCCGCAGGCGGGUUCACGGAGACCAGUCCCAUCAGCGACCGCCCCUUCCCUGAGCAGAGAAUAGAGAGGUGUCACACUUGGUGCAAGCCUUCUGUCCAGUGUCCAGAAUAUCCUUUAUCACGCAGAGGAAGAGAUGGCAGGAAAACACUGACAAUGAGUUUCCCCCAGAUAUGCUUUCACAGCGCCAGCCAUGUGGCACACGGGACUUUACAGUUACGAUUCAUGUUUAAGGUCGUGGCGCUUGAGGCCUGCAGGGGCCACGUUGGAUUACUCGAGUGGGAAAGUGGUCUCCCCAUGUAUAAGAAAGUUUUACAAGAAUUGGAAGCUGCUGGAGUCCACCUGAAACUUGAAUUGAUCGCAAAGCCAUCUGCCGGGAGCGUUUUGGGUUCCUGAGCCGUCAGCUGGCGUUCCUCCUCUGACGCGCGUUCCUCCCGGCCUAGUCCGUGGAGGCCCAUGACACCAGCAUCCGUGAUGCCAGCUUCCCGCUAGGACAUCCAGGCAGGUCGGGCGGGGAUGCCACACGUCUCAGGGCUGGUCCGCUGCGUUGCCAUAGAGGAGCCCUCCCUCCGGUGGGGACUUCCCACCACUGCAGGCAGCUGGGAUCACUUCGUAUCACGCAGAAUGCAUUUUCUGUAAAGGGAAAAACGUUUGCUCCCCCAUAGGUUUUGCUGCCUUCGGGUCAGAGAGUUUCCCCAGCUGAGGCUCUUGGGUUGUUCUGAUUGGGAGCCUGCUCUACCGAAGAGAACUGUGCGAGGUUUUGGUGGUUAGUAGAAGCGGGAGAUGGCCAGCCUGAGGUCUCAGUCCUGGCCCAGCACAGGGGGGCAGCGGCGAGCCGGCAGGUGAGGCGUGAGCGGCACACGGUGUGUCACAUGGGCCUGAGCCAUCACCCGCCAGCUUCCUCACCAGGUAAGGAGGCCCCGGAGCCUGAGCAGAGACUUGCCCAAGGGCACAGCUGAUUGGUGCUCGACUCCCAGCAUGCACAUUUUGUUUUAAAAAUCCAGGUUUGUAAUUCACUGCCACAACCAUAAGCCUUUUAAAGAGGAGUCAAACUUUCACGAAUCCCACUGUGGUCCAUGGAGCCUUUCAAAACGGGUGCCCUGGAAGAGGGCCCUGACAUUGGAUUCCCUCGAUGCCAGAUACGCCCUUGAAAUUUCGCAUUUGAUCAGAAAGUUUAAAGCAUUUACUUCAGAAUAAGUUAUUUAUUUGUAUAUGUUCAAUAGUUUUUAAUUUAUAGCUGUACAUAUUAGACACACACGAGCCAUCUUGCCAGAAUUCUGACAGUGAUCUCAUUUUAUCACCCUCCUAAAACAUGCCCCAGGAACAAGCACCCCUUGCCUCUGGCAGCUGCGAGUGUGUCUGAUUUCAUAAUGAAGCCAGGCUGCGGGGGCAAGAGGCCCGAUAGGCAGGCCAGGGUCCCCGGAGAAGCCACGAUGAGGUGUGCAAAGGCCGGACAGGCAGGCCAGGGUCCCCGGAGAAGCCAGGAUGAGGGGUGCAGAGGCCCGACAGGCAGGCCAUGGCUCCCUCUUCCCAGAAUCUGGGGGAAACUAGGGCAAGGCCUAUCUGUCUGCAAGGCCAGUAGCUCCCUCCCUCGGCUUCCAGAGUCCGCGGCGGUUGCAGGGUAACCAGUGUGGGUCUGCUGAGUCACCCCAGGCACCAGACUUCACCCAGGAGCACGGGCCACUGUCCAUGGGGACUUCCUUGAGACCUUCCUUUGGGGCUGGCAGGUGGCCAUUUACCAGCUGGGUCAGUCCCGUCUUGCUCUCUGUGCCUGUGCCCUGGCGUGGCCAGGCCUCACCUUCCCCUGUAUCUUACUCGUCCCAAAGUUAUUAUUGGCCAUUUCUAAAUAGACAAAACUACCCUAAAAGGUGGAGAUUUACUCCUUUUCAAAAGUCUGUUUCAAAAAGUCUGUCCUCAGCUCUGGAGGCCACCCCCAGGAAGGAGUUUGAGAUUCAUUAUCAUUAUGGCCACAAUUUGGUGCUUGUGCACGGGAUUCAAAGGGCAGUGUUGAAGCUAGGGUUAGGUGUAGGGUUGUGGGCAAAGCUCCCUUGUUGGUGGCCACACCUUACCUUUCCAAGGAGGCUGUUUACUCACCCACUAUUUGGGGGGAUGUAAAUUUUGCCCACAGACUUUGCUACCCAGGUGAGGUGCUCUGUUCAUGCUCCAAACUCAUGUCAUUUGACACCAUCCAAGGAUGGGUAGCCUGUAGUAUGGCCGGUGACCCGCAUCUAGAGAAAAGGCACCUCAUGCCACAGGGCAGGGCCGACACCCUGAGCUCACAGGUGGCCCCUGCAGUCAGGUGGAUGUCCAUGCUUGAAACAGCCUGUUCUGGGAGCACAGCCCUGGAGGUCUCCAGGUGUCAGGGUGGGCUGGCAGGGUGCCCUGCAGCUUACAUAAAGGUCGUGGCAAUACUUCCAUGUGAAAUUAUUGCCUUCCUCUUACUUUUACCAAAAUAAUUUUCUAAUGGGAACAGUAACUUCAAGUUCAUGACAUAGUUUGAAGGAGGAUCAUUCAUUUUUUCCUGGUUGUCACUGUUUUAUCCCCAUGAUGGGCUGGGUUCAUACUGUGAAACAAACUAAAGUGAAACCAAAACAUUCCUGCCGUCAGCACGUGGCACAGCACCAUGGAAACAGCAAAGCCACCUCUGUUCGUGAGUCCCCAAGCCAUAGCAGGCCACUGCAUCAUCUGUAAAGGGAAGGAAACUGCGCCUGGGAAGUGGUGGGCUUCAGACGCAUCCUUCUGCCCGCAGUUCAUGAAAUAGUUCCAGCUUUGGUCUUCCGGAAAAUCUCAGCUUCACUGUGCACAAGUAUUACCCAGUCUUUUUAGUGUAGCCGUGGAAGAUACUUUCAAAAGGAGAUCUUCAGAUCAUCAUUCUUAGGGACCAAAGGUGUUUUUAAUGAGAUAAUCUUUUUGAUUUUCUAACAAGAAAGGAAAUACUUUAAAUUUAAACAUCAACUUUUAAAUGAUACUCAGAAUUAAUUGACCACGGCGAUAGGUUGUAAAAUGUUUUCAUAUUAAGAAUGUAAUUAUUUCCUGAUUGUAUUUUUUAAAAGCGAAAGUCAUAUUUAAAAUUCUCUUUGAAAGAAACAGGCAAAGAAACAGCAAAGUUUUUUUAAAGUAAAUAUGUUGGUAGUGCCCAUUUUAAACGACUGUAAAUAUAGUUUCCCUGUUUCUCAAUGUAUUUAAUUCAUAAAGUAAAAAUUGUAUGAAAAGCAACUUGCAAGGAAAAUCCUAGUUUUCAGUCCACUCGCCCCAUUUUGUAGUAGCUUCACUGAAUUUCCUGCUUUCCCGGUUGAUUUUUCUACUGUUUCACGUGGUGUAACCCUAGACUGGCGCCCUUGGCGUGCACCUUUGUGUAUGAAUAAACUUCUCUCC